AUGGAGAUUCCUGUGGAGCCUGCCCUUGAAAAUGAAAAUGGUGCUCUAGUGCUCAAGCAAGUUGGUGAAGCAGUUCCAUUGCCCAGGGCAAGGGUUCAAAGUGGCUUGGACCUCACUGUGAAGGAAGUCAAAGCAGUGUUGGCAGCCUAUGGUGUUGUUUUGCCUGGUGCACCAUCCAAAGCUGAGUGUUAUCACAGGCUGAUGGAAAUCCAUGCAAAAAAUGAUGAGGAGCUUGCAGAGUUUAAAGCUAGAUCAAGUUUGAAAAAGAAAGAUGAUGAUGGACAUGAUUCAGAAUAUGAAGAGCUUUUGGAGCUUCUAGAGGAAGACCUUGAAAACCGAAAUGAUCCUGAUGAUGCAGAUGCUUUGGCUCAAAAGGGUGUCAAGAAACACCAGUUUGGCAAAAAGAAGAGCAGGAAGCCCAAGGCACUCCCAGCUUCCACAGAGCCACCCCCUGAAGAGGAAAUCAGGGCAGCUUUCAGUGAUCCUCCACUCAAAGCUGAAGUGCCUGACAAGCAACCUGAACCUCGAAGCCCAGUUUCAGAUAUUGAUAUGGAGGUCAAGAAAGACCAGUUUGGCAAAAGGAAGGGCAGGAAGCCCAAGGCACUCCCAGCUUCCACAGAGCCACCCACUGAAGAGGAAAUCAGGGCAGCUUUCAGUGAUCCUCAACUGCAAGCUGAAGUGCCUGACAAGCAACCUGAACCUCGAAGCCCAGUUUCAGCUUUUGAUAUGGAGGAGUUGCUGGCAACCCCUCAAAAGGAAAGCAAGGUGGCAAACCCCUUGGGUGCUUCACAAGCAGCACAGCCCAGCACCAGCAGGUGCCAACCUUGA